AUGACUACCUUGGAUGAAGCCCCGUCCGCUGCCUUCGAAGAACAAAUAGUCAAGGCCAAUGCUGAACCGAACAAAGCCCGCGAUGUUGAGAAGACUGGGUGGGAGGAAAGUGCACAGGAAAUUGACUCGGCUCAGGUCCCGGUCGACAUUCCCGAUGGAGGGUGGUGGGCGUGGUCGACCUUGGCUGGAGCAUAUGUGAACGCAUAUGGAGUCUACCAAGACUUCUUCGUUCGAAGUUUUCUCAGUAAUUACUCGUCGUCCUCCAUCAGCUGGAUUGGCAGUAUUGCCACCUUCUUUUUGCUCGCUGGUGGUGCAGUGUCCGGCCGAUUAUUUGAUAGAGGAUAUUUCUAUUUUCUACUUGUCGGCGGCUCUGUCUUGAUCGUCCUAUGCUUGUUCAUGCUCUCGCUUGCCGAACCGCAGCACUAUUAUCAGAUCUUCCUCACUCUCGGGCUCGGCUUAGGACUUGGCACUGGUGCAACAUACGUCCCAUCCCUCACUAUCAUCGCGCACCAUUUCUCGCGAAGACGUGCGCUCGCCAUGGGAAUCGCUGCUUCGGGAGCCUCACUUGGCGCCUUGCUCCAUCCGAUCAUGCUCAAUAACCUCUUUCAUGGGCCAGUCGGCUUUGCAAACGGCGUGCGCGCGAGCGCGGGAUUGAUGGCAGGGGCAUUGAUCCUAGCGGGGCUUCUCAUGCGCACGCGGCUGCCUCCACGAAAGGGAGCUCAGAUGGGUCUAUUUAUGUCCGCGCGAACCUUCGUGAAAGACGAGGUGUAUACAAUCGCUGUUGUGGCAACAUUCCUUUUCGUCCAAGGCGUCUUCUUCCCUCUCUUCUACAUUCAACUCUACUCCGAUGAGCACGGAAUCAACUCUGUGUUUGGGUUCUAUUCGCUCACGAUUCUCAACUUCGCGUCGUUCGUGGGACGCAUCGUGGGAGGCGCCUUGGUUAACCGCUUAGGAGCCUUCAACGUUAUCGUCGCCUGCACGUUUGCGAGCAGUGUGCUUCUGUUCUCCUUGCUUGGAGUGUCCACAAUCGCGGGCAUCACGGUGUUUUCUUUGUUGUACGGCUUCACCAGCGGCGCAUAUAUCACACUGGUGGCUCCUAUGGUGGCCUCAUUGUCUGCAGAUGUCUCGGAGAUGGGUGCACGCAUCGGGGUCAUGUACUUCUUCACAGGUCUCGGAAGUCUCAUAGGCACUCCUAUCACCGGCGCGCUACUCACCAGGGAUUUUGUCUGGUGGCGGCCGAUCGUAUAUACAGGGGCAAGUGCUGAUUGGCGUUCUCGAUGGAUUGCGUGCUGA